GCCACAGGUAUAAACAGGGGAGGGCAGAGGUCGAAGGAGCGUACCGUGGAGGCUGACAAUUGACUUGGUCGUGCUCUGGCAGGGUCCCUUCGUGCCUUGGACAAUUCGAUUGGAGACAGCAUUGGCCUCUAUCAGCUUCCCUGCCAAGUGCCUGCGACGCCUGCAUUGCGCCCCUGGAGUUUUGCGCUCCGGGUGCAGAUCGCCGGCUUUUCUUGCCGCGUCGCCGAUAACAGGCCACUCAGGCUCACUGCAGUGAGGGUCGUGGAUGCUGGUACAGCGCCCGACUCAACAGACACUGUACUUUUCGACUCACCAUCUGUUCAAAAGUACCCAAGUACAACACCACGGACACCAGGCCAAAUCCCAUCUUCCUCCCCAGGAUCACUGCCACAGCAAACAUGGGAAGUUUGAGGGGCCGUUGACUCUGCCAGCAAACUUGAACACCACCUGCAAACUUCUGGAUAAUUAGCCGCAGGCCACUGGCAAACAUGCAAUUCGCUUGUUUCCAUGGAUCGCAUCGUCAAAAACCACUUCUACCUCCUUUGUCUUUCCAAACUCUCAGCCUUCCAGCGGCCUCAACGGCGCCUCCGGGAACGCCCAUCGUAGUGUGGCCUUCGGUCUGCCUUUUCUGCACGGCCUCUGCUGACGGUCGGUGCUGGAGCUGGAGGAUCAACCAUCAUCACCCGCCACGACCACGUGAGGCAAGCCCCGAUGAGCUCUGUCCGCUACUCCACAACGAAUACUCAGAACAUGGGUUGUCAAAGCCAGUGGGUGUGAGGCAAAGUGCCCGGCCGCUCAUGAGCUGAGCAUCAUUCAGUCACAUGAGCUAUGUCAGCGCAAGGCUCGGUCCGAUGGCAGCACUUCUUCCAGAGGGAGGCUGUAUAAACAUGAAGCACGUUUUGUGCUUGUUUCAAGCGGCCUCCAGGUUGCAGUGCAAAGGCUGGGCGUAAAUCCCAAUGCUUCCUCGAUGAAUCCAAGGAAAGCCAGUAAUACUGAAAUCUGGCCGCCCGGAGCUUGGGUAUAUACAAAGCACAGGAAGGCGCGAACAGUACGCUUCUCCAGAGACUUUUUGUCGGCUGAUCAACCACGGCAUUUUGAUUGAGAGCAGACAACACCCCGUCCAAGCAGGGUAUAUAGAGAUAUUAUACAGCGUAGACCCGCUGUGCCGGGAAUCACAAACACCACAGCGCACCCGGCAUUAAGGGUAGUUACAACUACUGAAAGCCACGUCUCCAUUGAGCAGCUGCACCUGCUGUUCGUCAGUGCUGAAUCGAUGGCAUCAACGGGUCCCUUUCUUAACGCAGACAAUCACAUUUAUUGGCUGCGACAGGAGCCAUAGGAAGCAGCCACUUGGCCGUCAGGCUGAACUGGGACGAGGAUUUGGAAUUGUAGACGAAUGGAGUUUCUGUGGAGAGAUAAGAAUAUCAUGCGGUUAAGGCCCCGGGCAUUUGUGCACGCGCGCAGAACUUGAAGACGUCUGUCCCACGUGGAGCCGCGAAGAGUUCAAUUUCUGUAAAGACUGAACCUCAUCUGACAUACAGGUCGUACAAACAGGGCUCAAGUGACGAUGACAGCAACAUUUUCCCUACACGGGAUCCGGACGACAAAGAACUGACAAGUUAACCGCCAAAGUGAAUCCAGCCGUCUUCACUGCUCAACGCGUCCAUUAUUAUUCUUGCCGAGGCGGCUGACCCGUGCACGCUCCCGAUUCUUCUUUCAACGUGCACCAACUUGGACCUCACAUUAUCGACCUGCCCGCCAUUAUGUACUACCUCCAGAUUCCGCUGUACCGGUAGAGCGAACGCCCUAGCGCUGGAAUGGACGCGCCUGAAUGUGAGCUCCUUGUUCAUAUUACUGCCUGCAGCACCGUCCAAGACGAUAAGCGGUAUGCUGCCAUCGCACAAUCCAUCCUAGACUUCCGCCCUGCAACCGUGAUCAGAGUCUUUGGCGCAGAGUUCGACAGUCCUGCACGACCAUCUGAUGCUAGCACAACUGUGCAAGGCAAUAAUGGCGCAACUAACGCGCCUGUAACUCAGAGGACCUCACGCCAAUAUAGAAGAGGGAAUUCUCCCUGCACAGUUCUCUCUGCAAGGCUCUCAUCGCAUGAACCCUCCAGUCCUUCUCCUUCUGGGGCGGGAAUUGUCCAGCGCCAGACUGCAGGAGAUAUAGGGCAGGAUUCGCAGGAAGGUCUCCGCAUUGAAGGCAGGCAUUGCGGACGAAAACGACGGCGGCUUACGUCUAAUGGAUCCGACGACAAUGCCAUCCGUCCAGACGGAGUGCAAGAAGCACGCUCUCCCGCUCCUCCGACCAGAGGAAUUCAGAGAUCGCGGUCGCCUCCCCUCGAGUCUCCUGUCAGACAGAGCCCAAAGUCCAUAACAUCAACGAUGUCUCCCUCGCAACCAGUUCAACUAGACAGCCUUGCACCAGGGUGGCAAUCGCAAAGAUCCCCCGGCAAACCGGUACCUGCAAUUGUGGACUUGACCACUCCUGAGCAUCCUCAAGGCACGGAGCGGUUCAAAUUGUGCCAACAAGGGCACUCACAUCCUCAACAAUCUGCUUCCGCUCGCAAACUUCAAAGUAGGACCCCAGAACCUGCUCAGGAAUACGGCACGGUCAUCAGACAGCUACCUGAUCAUGUAACCGCGCCCCAUCCCCGAGGCGGCCGGCCUAAAUUCACGACGCAUAUCACAAAGACGCUAGAGAAGGUCUCGGCCCGGGUUCCUCUCGCGAAGUAUUUUCGGCCAGCAUUUGUUGCCAGAGACGUCGGAGUGCUCGAGCGCGGUUACUGGCAAUUCUCUGUCAAACUUGGUCCCAGAUCGUCUAAACAACCCCGGCGGUCGCCGGCGGAACAUGCUCAAACCCCCGUAUGGACCGAACAGGAGUUUGAACAAUUCUGGCAUGGCGUCAGUCAGUUCAUCUCCCAAGGCAAGGCGGGAUUCGGGACCCGCCUGACAAAAGAUCCAUGGGAGAAGCAUCAAUACAGGAUCAGGGUAUUUACGUGGGCCGAGAUAUUGGGGCAUAUAUGGAUCAUUAUGUGGAUCUUGUCGGACAAAUUGACUCAGGGAGUUCCCAUGCAGUGGAUUGCAGGAGACGGGUCGGUCGUUGUCCAGAUGCCCGGUGCGAAAAUGCGACGACACAGAUCUAGCAUAUGGAUGAAGAACGGUCCCGAAGGAGAAGGGGGCGUCUGGGGAAUGGCAGAGUUAGUGACGGUCCAAGAUCGACCUGAGCGAAACAAAGGAAAACCCCCUUGACCCGGAAGCCAUCAAGUUUGGUGGAUGACUUACUUCAAUAGUACCUAUCUAGUAGUGGUGCAGUGCACCUGGAAUCACACAAAGUAAUACUAGUAGCCGUGUUGAUGCUACGUCCAGAAUGCUACCCUGGGAGAGACCAUGGUCACCAGCCGAGGCUCGACUCAUGAUCUGGGGCUGGGAGCGGCACGCAGCCUUGUCCAGGAGGUGCCGGGCGAGGGGCGAGGCUGCCGGCGGAAUCCACUGCAGCCAGCGGGAGUCGACAAUUAUUC